UCUUGGUGAGGGUAAAAGGGCAUGACAGUGACUCAAAUAUGAAUUGUUGAAAACAGUCCCUGUCAUUUUAUUGGAUCCAAACCUUUGGGUUUUGAGGGACAAAAGAAGGGAAAAGCAGGGAGACCAUCUGGGCGAGCAAAUCCUGCUUGAGCACUAAUGUCUUUUGCCAUGCUGAGAUCGGUGCCCAGCCGUUGCCUCUACCCGGAGAUCAGCAUGCUGUCAGAAGGAGAUGAGGAACUCGACAGCGAGAGCUCGGGUUCAGAGACAUCUUUCAGCCUGGGACCUUACAGUGGUGGAGGAGGAAAGAGGAAAAGGAAAGCCAGGGUGCCAGGAGUCAUUAGACAGAGACAAGCUGCAAAUGCCAGAGAGAGGGACAGGACCAACAGUGUCAACAUGGCAUUCACGGCCCUCAGGACCCUCAUCCCCACCGAACCUGCUGACAGGAAACUCUCCAAAAUAGAGACCUUGCGACUGGCUUCAAGUUACAUCUCACACCUGGGAAACGUGCUGUUGCUGGGAGAAGCUGGGGAUGGACAACCCUGUCACACAAGCACGUCCAGCUACUACCCUGGCACCAGGGUCACUGAGACAGAGAGCAGCCAGCCCAAACAGAUCUGCACUUUCUGCCUGAGCAACCAAAGGAGAAUGAACAAAGACCGAGACAGAAAGAGCACCAUUCGAAGUUAACAAAGUAAUGUGCAACGUGGCCCACGACGUUGCAAGCUCACAGCAGACUCAGAAGGGAAGAGCAAUCAACCUUGCACCCACAGCAUGGAAGAAAAUAAAAGGAGUGUUGAAGACAAUUCUAAAAAUCCGCAGCAUAUUGAAAGUUGAACUAAACCUUGACACUUGGGUCAUGCUCGACUCUCAUCACACAUUUAAAACUGGAGUGAUUUGGGAGGUACUGCAAAGGGCUCGGUGGUAGACAAGAGGUCCCCGACCUGUUCCUUUACCAAGAAAAGAUGCCAGAACACAGUGAUCUGAUCACACUGUCGAGCUGCUUCUUUUUAAGAUAAAAAACACUGUUGAGUUGCUGCUGAAGGCUGGCACCAGGGAAGAAAUUCAAAAACAAAGUGACAAAACUAUAAAAAGUGGCUUUAUGCAUUGAACUGGAACACUCA